AAGAUGGAGGCUGCAGCUGAGCUUUCUCCCUGCUCGAGUCCAGACAGAGCGUCCCCCUUUAAGGCCAGUGGAGUAUUUGUACAUGAGGAAAGCCUAAUGCCAGUCAGAGUAGGGAUGAGAUGGUCCAGUUCUACAGGAUGACCCUCUUCAGGACCUCCAUGGUGGGCCAAGCCAGCAGUGAAGUUGGAGGUAGUCAAAUAGUCAUCAGAUCCAUGCCCUUCAUCACACUGCAAGCCCAUCCAGUAAGGCAGAUGGCUGUACAACCAAUGUGUCUGGUUCUACCUGAUGUUUCUACCUGUUUAAAAGGAGGGUUUUUACCUCUGUUGGGAGAGACAAGCUCUUGAGAUUGGAGUACUUGUGUGACCACCACUCGGACCGCUUGAGUAAAAUGUGUCGCUUCCACUCCUCUCAGCCCUCUGAGCCUGUGAGGCAGAGUGUUGAGCUCGACCCCAGCCAAGGUGACUCCUGUCGAGUGAAAGCAGCAGUCGAGGAGUAAAGCGGCCGCUCUGGUGUUGAGUUCAUCUCCUAUUUGAUUCAGCGAGGAGAAAACCUCCAGUCACCUUCUCUCCUCUCAAUCAUAUCUUCCCCUGGGCUCGCUGUAAUCCACAGCAUAUUAGAGGCACCUUCACCUAUCUCCUCCCAGUUUAUUUUUCUCCUUUUUCCUCGUACUUCGGUUCAGGUCUGACCCUUUAAACUCGCGGUGUAACGGUGGUAAUCUAAACCUAUUUUACAGCUGACCUUUUCCACUCUGCCCAGCAGCAGCUGUUGACCUGGAGUCGUCUCCGUCCUCAGAUUCAAAAUGCAGUGCAGCUGCAGCUCCUCGGUGGGACACCUUUCAUCGCCGUACUGGAGCAGAACUUUGCUUUUCCCCGACUGGGCCUACAAACCAGCCUGGUCGCCGGGCUCCAGACAGGUGCAGCUUUGGCACUUCCUGCUGGAGUUGCUGGGACGAGGCGGGGUCGGGGCCAUCGGCUGGGGAGGAGAGUGGGGCGAGUUUGUCAUCAGGGACCCCGAGAGGCUAGCCAGGCUAUGGGGGGAGAGGAAGGGCAAACCGCACAUGAACUACGACAAGCUCAGCAGGGCGCUCAGAUACUACUACAACAAACGUAUCCUGCACAAGACCAAAGGAAAAAGAUUCACCUACAAGUUCAACUUCAGCAAACUCAUCCUGGUCAACUAUCCAGGACAUCAUCCACCUCCACAUCCAGCAUCCAGCCAUCAGCUGGUGCAGAGCGGCCCUCUCCCCUUUCCUCUCCUGCCCUCUGAGGGUGGUCUUCCUCUGUGUGGAGGAGCCGGCUCAAUAAUGGACAGAGCUGUCCUCCCUGUGCCUCACCCCAUCCUGCUCCCCUGCUGCCUCCCAAAGUACGUCCCGAUGCCCCACGCUGUCCACUUCCCCUUCGUUCCUGCCCCUGCACGUCUGGGAUCCAACCUGGAGGAGCUGAGGGACUCGGGUCUGCCACCUCCGACCUCAUCCCUCCAUCUCAAGAGCCCCAUGGGCUGGGAUCAUCUGAACCACAUCCGCAGAGGCCUGUUUGGUGGUGUGAAGCAGACUGAAACUGAGCGAGAAGGGAGGAGAGGGGGGAGCGACACACAGAAGGGGGAGAGGGAGUGAAGCUAAGGACCAAACUCCACCAGAUGGACACCUCUCCCUCCUCAGAUUCGCACUGUUGUCUUUUUCUGGCUAAUUAUUCAGUAGUCUGUUAUCCGCUGUGUGUAAUCCACUGACUUUGUAUUUAUUGGGUUGGACUAUGAUGUUUUUGUUGUUAGUUUACUUUUUGCUGAAUAGAGAUGUUUAGGAAGUAGCUUUUCUUCUGUCAGCACUUCACGCCACAGUCGGGGAAUUGCACUUGUAAACAAUUAACAACAUGGCACUUGUGUUUGAGUUAAUAAAGCAGAACGCUCAGCUUACAUUA